AAAUGAAUAGUGUUUCUUCAUGAUUCAAGCAAAUAUUGAUAAUAUUCCGCGCAGCCAUUUUCCCCGGUGGCAGAGCGGUUAUGCUUCGGCGGGUUUCGUCGCAGAUUGACCCCCUUCUCUUCGAGAUCAGACGCACCUUUCGCAAUCUUCAACAAACAUGUACAGAAGCUCUCUUCUGCACCUCCUCAAUGUCGGCGGAGGCCGUCGGCGCAAGAGCGGGCUCGCCCAUAAAAGUAUCUCUCACCGAUUCGGCCGGAAGAGGCGUCUUUACCACCCGAAACAUCGGCUCCGGCGAGCUCAUACACACUGCGAAGCCUCUAGUAACCCACCCUUCUCUCGCCCUCUCCGAUCAAGUUUGCUGCUAUUGUUUGAAGAAGUUAGACAAGGAUGGUUCGAGCGGUAUUUUUUCCUCAUUGAAGGGGGAAGACGGUACUUCAUACUGUUUCUGCAGCGAAGAAUGCAGAGAUGUAUCCAAGGCUUGCUGUGAAGUUGAGAGUAAAGCAGAUUGGUCACUUUAUCACGAUCAUUGCAGAGCAAAAGGUUUGAAAUAUCCAUUGAUGGUAAAACGGUUCGCGUGCAUGGUUAUAUCAGGAGCAGCAUCUGCCGAUGAUCUUGGUAUACUCCAACCAGCCAGGUUACUUCCUGGGGCUGUCUCACAAAUGGAAGAAGAGUUUGAAUUGCUCAAACGGACUUUAUUGAAGGCCCAGAUUGAUGAAAGGCUAACUGGAUUUCUGACAAAGCAAUGGUACAUGGGUGUGCUGGCAAGGAUUCGCAUAAAUGCAUUCCGCAUUGAAUUAGUCGCAGCUUCAUAUAAAGAUCUACUUGAAUCAGCAACGGCUUCUGUUGCAGCUCAAGCUGCUGUUGGCAAUGCUCUGUAUAUGCUUCCAUCAUUCUAUAAUCAUGACUGUGAUCCUAAUACGCACAUAGUAUGGAUUGACAGUGCAUUUGCAAAGCUGAAAGCUCUUCGUCACAUUGAAGAAGGUGAGGAGCUCCGCAUAUGCUACCUUGAUGCAAGCUUGGAUUGUGCUGCUCGUCAGAAACUUCUUUCUGAAGGUUUUGGGUUUCAUUGUCGCUGCUUCAGAUGCCUCUCCCAUGACUGAGAAGCUGCAAAUAUCAGAGACAAGCAAAAUAUCUCUAUUUGAAUCCACAAACAUUUCUGAAGGUUUUGGGUUUCAGUUAGAAUUUUGGUUUAACAGGCUUCAGAUUAGUUGAGCAUGUUAGAAGGCUCAGGCUUGAAUCUCUGAUCUUUUUCAAUGUUAGAAGGCUCAAGCUGAAAAUGUAACUACGUUGUGCAUGUGAGAAGAUUUGUAAAGCUGGGCAAAAGCUCAACUAGUCGUUGGCCUAUAUGUUGUAACCUAAUUCUUAAGUGUUGUUACAGUGUCAUCUUUCUAUUGUAUUAUAGAAAUAAGAAUGAUAUUCUUUAUGACUAAAGUAUCAAACAACAGUGAAAUUCACAGUGGUGGUAACAUACAAUAUUCAA